AUGCGGGAGAAAGAGCGAACAGCAAAAGGACUGGGAUAAGAUUUCGAUACAGUUUUCAUAAUUCUUAAAAUAGCCUGGUGGAUCAAUUUAUCACGAAGAGUUUUAACCAGAUCAUGAUGUCGAAUGAAGAAACAUAUGGGAAGUUAGAAUGAACAUGGAGUCUCCUGAUUAGCUGUUCAUUUGAGGGUAAACGAAAUGGCGGAGAAAUCAGAAAAACAUCGCACUGCCAUGCCACGUCUAAAGAUUCCAACCUUUCGACGAAAUUCUUCUCCGAAUCCUUCUCUCCAUGAAGAAAGAAACGAAGGAGAUAUAUUUUUUAGCCCUGACACGUUAUUAAAGAUAAAGGAAGGUAUCGCUAUGGACCGGAACGGGUUCACGGAAAUCGUACCCAGCCCUAAAGUGCAGAAAAAGAAAGCCGACCAUAAACACAAGGACUCCGCAAAUUCUAGUGACCUGCAGCAAAAAACAACCAGUCCAAAAUCGGAAAGGAAGAUAAAACAUGAACGACAGAAGAGCAAGGAUCAGGUGGAAUUAGAUCCCGAGAACCUUCUGAGCUCGCGACAAGAGCCGAAAAGAAGUCCUUUUUUCCUCCCGAAAUUCGGCAGUAGUGGUAAAACACAAGACUCUGAAAGCCUUGGUGACAAACUUCAGGACACACCGAAGUCUGAGAAAAAGAAGUUACAAAAACAGCAAAAGACGCCGGAUUGUACUCGAACUCCUACGGUGUUUCUUGUGGAAAAUAUUCAGGAUGGCCAGGAUUCAGCGCUUAAGGAAGUCGUAACCGGAAUUCUACCGAUAAGCUACGAAGAUGAAAUCGUACAAAAGCGGACGCAAAUUCUGAGAGAUCCACUACAGAUCUUGUUGGUGUUUCCCGAGGACGAUGUUGUGGCCUUUACAAUUCCUCGGCAACUGCGGACUAUACACUCUACAGUGCCAGGUGAUGCUCUCACCCAAGCAUCCAACUUAUUUACAAGAGAGUGUAUCAGAUUCUACACAGCAAACUGGAGCUGUAUUGAGAACAAGUAUUCAAGCUAUGGAGGAAGUUAUCUUAAACUUCCCAGGCCACAUCCGGGAAAGGGACUUGAAAGACAAGUUUUUGCAAUGGAUAUGGAGGAUCAGGUGGAUUGUGUGAAUCAGGCUGUACCAAUGAGCCCAACGCGAGAGAAAGGGAUCUCCAGACAGGGUUACCUUACAAAGGCUCCAUUCCAUGGUGAAAGUAACGGUACCCCCGGAGCUAAGAACUUCAAGCGGAGGUGGUUUCAUCUGAAGCAAAUAUCAAAUGAUGGCUCGUACAUUUUGGAAUACAAGAAGGAUGAUCUCAAAACCAGUAUGGCAAGAGGGGUGCUCUAUUUGGAUGCGUGUACUCACAUUACUAAGGGGGUGAAGGGACGAAUGUACGGAUUUGAACUUCACAUUCAAGACAAACUGUAUUGCUUGGUUGCUGACAGUCAAUCGGAGAUGGACGCGUGGAUUUCAACCCUGUGCAAAGUCACUGGAAUAGAUAUGGACACGAGCGGUAAAUCCUCCGGUUUCAACUUCACUGGGAAGUUUAAAGCACCGAAACUGCAUCAGUCUCUGAGAGAAAGUCUUAAGAGUAGCAAACAUCCAGAACUUCUUGAAUUUGCGAAGGAAACGGAAGUUUUGAACGCGAAGCGAAGGAAGGAUGGACGGAAGAAACUUUUUUCGCUAGUACACGACCUGGACAAUAAUGGCACGUGCGUGAAUUACGACGACGCACGAAUAGAUGCGGACGUUUUCCAGCAACACUUUGGAAUGCGUUUAGUGUUGGAAUGCGAGGAACUGAAGUUUCGUCUGUUGAGAACUUUGCACGAUGGCAGUGAGGCAAACAUUGAGCCGUUCUUUUUGUGUAUUGCGUUGUUUGACGCUAAAAUAGGAGCAAAGAUUUCAGAGGAUUUCCACUGUGAUCUAAACGACGCGUCCACCGUGGAAAUGCUCCACGGCUCGGAUCUAAUUGAGAACGGCCAGGCAAAUGGGAAUGGUGUGGAUCAUCCGGAAGUGAAUAGCCGAGAGUUGGAAUAUACUUGUCCGAGAAAGGCAAUUUUCUCCAUAACAAAUCCCCACUCGGAGGUGUACUUGGUAAUCAGGAUAGAGAAAGUUUUACAAGGAAGCAUCGGUUCGUGUGUCGACCAAUACCUCAAGUCUGGUGACGCCAAAAAGAUUGCACAAAAGGCACACAAGCUGGCCGAGGUAUGCUGCAAAAGUCUGGGCCAGUAUGGAAUGCCAUUUGCUUGGACAGCAAGGCCGUUGUUCAACAAUGAUGGGGAACUGGAAAUUGGGGAGUCAACGUCAAUCUACAAACAGGACAGAGAAAAACUCAGCGAUGAAGAAGUGAUAAAACUGUUGUCAAACUACAGUGCCACAAAGGAAAAAUUCAAGCAACAGGUUAUACCAGGAACGCUGCAUAUUUCUCUAAAGAAAUAUUUCGAAGGAAUACCAAACUCUCUAACGUCGUCACUGGUUCCCGUGAAGCCGUGGGAUGAUUCUCUAAACGUUCGUUCCACAGUUGAAGUGGAAGAAUUCUCACAAUCAUGUCCUGAAGCUGCACAUCCACACAUUUCCUACGUGAACAACUUUUACGUCUACCCUCUCGCUCUAAACUAUAGCAAUCAAAAAGUUUACUCCAAGGCAAGAAACAUUUCUGUGAAGAUUGAAUUCAGAGAUUCUGAUGAUGAAAAUGCCAAACCUCUCAAGUGUAUAUACAAGAAGAAAGGAAGCCCUGGGUUCACUACACAUGCUUUCGCUGCCGUUGUUCAUCACUGCACAACUCCCACAUUUUACGAAGAGGUGAAAAUAAAGCUUCCUACUCAACUUACAGAAAAGCAUCACGUAUUCUUCACAUUCCAACACAUUGCGUGCGAACAGACCAAGAGCAGCAGUGGUACAGGAUCAGUCAAGGGUAAACCUCAGCCCAUAGAGACACCAGUUGGAUAUGCAUGGAUGCCCGUGCUACAUGGAUCAAUCAUUAAGACGGAAGAAAGUAAUCUGUUAGUUGGCCAAGUAGCUCCCAGUGGCUACCUCUCCGCCUACUUUGCCGGACUCAAGAGGGCAACUGGCCCCGAUCUAAAAUGGGUCGACAAAGAGAAACCGCUGUUCAAAGUUUCCACCCGGCUAGUUUCCACAAUCAAUACUCUGGAUCUUGAGGUGGACAACUUUUUCCGUCAUUGUCAGAAAUUUGACGGAUCGCCAGCUAUGGAUAUUGAGAUGGUGAAAAUUAUUAAGCUGCUGAAUGCUGUUGCUGUUGGCACAGUGGCAAGAUUCCUGCCAGUUAUCUUCAAUCAGCUUUUUCAUAUUCUCGUUGUUACAGGAAACGAGGAUGUUUCUCUAAAUGUGGUCAGGGUGCUGAUUCGAAUCACGGCGCAACUUCACGGGGCGAACCGAUUAGAAGCUUUGAAAUCUUAUGUCAAGUAUGUAUUCGUCACAGACCAGCCUCCGGACAAUAAAAAUACGAUUCACGAACAACUCUCAAAAUACUUGAUGACGACUCUAAAGCCUGGCGCUGAUCCGGCGGUGGUCAAAGAUCUCAUGAAGUUGUCGUGGUUUUUCUUCGAGAUAAUCGUGAAAAGUAUGGCUCAGACUCUCGUGCAAUCAGACAAGUUGAAGAGAUUGAACCGUGACAGCUGGUUUCCAGAGAGCUACAAUCGCUGUUUAGAGAAUUUCCUUCAAGCUUUUGUGCCCCAAAUCAUCAGCAGAUUAAAAGACCAUCCCCAAAUAGCAAAGGAAGCAAAUUUCCACUUGGCUUGUUUCACCAAGGACUGUUUCACGUACUUAGACCGUGGGUUUGUCUUUCAAAUGAUCAGUUAUUAUUCUGAACAGUUUAAAGACUCUGAUACACAGAUGCUUGAAUUUAAAUUCGAAUUUCUUCAAGUUGUUUGCAAUCACGAGCAUUACAUUCCGCUCAACCUACCACUGGACGUCAGAAAUCUUGGCGGUGUUCAUGAGUGUGAGCUGACCGACGAUUACUGUAAGAGGUAUUUCCUUGUGGGACUUCUUCUACGAGAGGUCUCCUCUGCUCUCACACAGGGCCGACACAUCAGAAAACUUGCCAUUAGGGUGUUAAGAAACAUGCUCGUUAAACAUGAACUUGAUGACCGUUAUGAAGGAGAGCAAAAGCAAGCCCGUAUAUGCACGCUUUACCUUCCCCUCCUUUCGGUCCUUUUGGAUCACGCACCUCGUUUCCAUGGUAGCAAGUAUGAAUUGUCGAACCCAAUCCUCGCGCAGCAAAUGUCCCAGACCUCUUCGACGAUGACUGUUCCCGGCAGUGAAUUUGGUGCAGACUCAAAUCGCAGCUCGGCGGCGAUGAAGCAGAGUCCGAGUGAUUCACUCACUCAGCAGACAGCUGCUCCACUCAGAGAGGCGACUCAGAUCGCUCUGCAAGUGCGACUAGAUGAGGACGAGACAAAGGAACUCCUCCUAUGUGCUUUGUACAUCACCAAGAACUUAGAGCAAGGUGUGAUCCUGGACUGGUGGCGCCAGAUCUCGUCAUCUACCGUCAAACGUCCUCAGUGGCAUCCUACAGUUCUGUAUUUGGGGCAGCAGGACAAGAACUACUGCAAAUUCGCCGCCAUUAUCGAUGUGUUUGAUUUGCUUGAACUUGCUUUAAAGCACUUUCAGUACGUUGGAGAGGAUAAAAUAAUUUCUUACAGCGCGCCGAGUGAAAGCACCAAACAGUUCCUUGAGCAUAAGUACCAGGGUGGUGGAGUCUCUAACCAUGGGAAGACACGACACUCUCGAGCAGCGAGCAGCGGAGGGUUAACUCUCGAUACUCGUGUGCUCAUGGAAGGAAAUCUUGCCAAUGAAGUUGGUCUUAUUGUGUUGGACACUAUUGAACUGUUUUGUGGUCAUUUUAAGUAUCACUUGGAGCAGGAUGAUGGAGAUAAUUUACUGAUGAAGAAGGUGUUUAACGUGCUGCUAAGCUUUUUACAGAUUCCUCAGUCUGAGUUCAUGAUGAAACACGUGUUUGCAAGUCUUAGAUCGUACAUCAACAAGUUUCCAGCUGCUUUGUACAAGGGAAGCGCUAGCUAUUGUGGCGAUCUUUGUCGUGAGAUUUUAAGCUGUUGUAACUCAAAAAUGGAAAGUCUUCGAAACCAGGCCUGUUCGUUUCUCUACCUGUUGAUGCGAAGUAAUUUUGAAUUCAGUGGAGGACAAGGUUGUGAUCGAGUCCACUGGCAGGUAAUCGUAGCGGUCUCCAAGUUGAUGGCGAUCGGGUUAAACCGUUCAGCUGUAAACAACUCCCUUCUGGCGCUAAAGAAUUAUGCUGUAGAAGACAAAGGAAUGAAGCAUACGGCUUUUCCCGCUGAGGUGAAAGAUCUAACGAAGAAGAUUCACACCGUUUUGCAGGCGACUGCACAAAUGAAGGAACACGAUGACAUCCCAGAAGUCCUUGUUGACCUUCAAUACAGUUUGGCCAAGUCUUACUCCAGCACGCCAGAACUGAGAGAGACCUGGUUAGAGCACAUGGCAGGCGUGCAUGAGAGUCAUGAAAAUUACUCAGAGACUGCCCACUGUUACAUUCACGCAGCAGCGCUGGUCGCUGAAUAUUUAAAACGACAAGGUGUUUAUCGCGAAGGUUGCGCGGCGUUUUCCAACGUGUCACCCAAUGUGGUAGCGGACGAAAGUGUAAUGAAAACUGACGAAGGGAUGACUAAGGAGCAGAAGUACACAAAGCGGCACUUGGUGGAUUUGUUGGAGCAAUGUGCGAAAUUUCUUGAACGCGCAGAAAGAUAUGAAGUCAUGGGCGAGGUGUUCAAAUUGGCAAUACCAAUAUACGAGCAGGAGAGAGACUUCCUGAGGCUUUCCAAUGCUUACGACAGCUUAGCCAAAGCGUACAAGAAGGUAGUGGAAGUAAUGAAAUCCGGCCGAAGGCUUCUUGGAAAAUACUUCAGAGUUGCUUUCUUCGGACAGAUGUUCGGUGACGACGAUGGCAAGGAAUUCAUUUAUAAAGAACCUAAAAUCACAGGGUUAGCGGAGAUUUCUCAACGAUUGGAAGCCAUGUACUCUAGAAAACACGGCAGAGACAGUGUUAAACUCAUCAUGGAGUCUGCAAAGGUUCAUCGUGAAACGUUAGAUUCAAAACUGGGCCACAUUCAGAUUACCUAUGUGCAGCCCUAUUUUGAUGACGAAGAACUUGAACUAAGGCCGACCAUAUUUGAACGAAACAAUAACAUCAGACGGUUUAUAUACGAGACGCCGUUUACGGUCAGCGGUAAAGCUCACGGAAACCUUAAAGAGCAGUGCAAGAGGAAGACCAUCUUAACAACGUCCAAUACUUUUCCUUAUGUGAAGAAGCGAAUCCUUGUUGUUCAAGAGGAACAGUAUGAACUGACUCCAGUUGAGGUGGCGUUCGAUGAGAUGCAAAACAAAGUUAAAGAACUCAAUAACGUGAUUGCACAGAAUCCUCCGGACAUGAAGAAACUUCAGCUAGUCUUACAAGGCAGUAUUAGUGUUCAGGUGAAUGCAGGUCCCCUGGCGUACGCUCAUGCCUUUCUUGACAAGUCUGUUUUGGCCUCACAUCCUCAUAAACACAUUGAGAUGCUUCAGCAAGUUUACAGGGAGUUUAUCGGUUGUUGUGGAAAAGCUUUGGAACAAAAUGAUCAGUUGAUCAAGGAAGAUCAACGAAUGUAUCAAGAAGACAUGAAAGAAAAGUACGCUCAGCUGAGGACACAGUUGGCCAAGUAUAUUGGAGAUGAGGUGAUCACAACAGUAACCUCGUCCAGCAGCUUGUCUUCACUUGGAUGAGAGGUGGGCCAAUGAGACUAAGAAGCAAUUCUUGUUACGUGAACACGUUGGCUUGGUCGACUUAAUAGCGGAGAAGGAUGCAUUUCCAGGUUGUAGAAGAAAUCACAUUAGUAUCACGCUCCUCGCAAAUGUUUGAUGUCGUUCAUUUGAACCGUUUUGCUGCGGUUAUAAAUUAUUUAUGUUACGCCUUAAGAUUCCACAAAAGAGGGAUGUAGAAGAAACUUGAUUUGAAAAGUUAUAUUUGAUUGAUAGUCAAGAGAGUUGUUGUAAGAAAUUACUUGAAAAAUAAAGUAGGAAAAACUCUUUUUAUAAUUUCACCCUAAGAACUGAAAAGGUAAAUAGUGUUUGUGAAAAGGAAAGAUAGUUCAUUACUUUAGUGGAAGCUUAAGUCUUUACAGCGAGGCACGGCAAGAAAUUCACAAAUGAAGAAAAAAAAUUCGAAUUGUUUGCCAUUAAAAUAUUCUGGUUUCAUUACCAAAAUUUUGUGGACCCUAUAGUUAAGCUCGUUCGUUUCCAAUGAGUUCUGCUACAGGAAGUAUCUUAAUGUUAACCAUAGUUUAAGAACAAAGCAGAUGUUAACAUAGAAUUAAGGAUACUUAAUGAUACAUUUUUUGCCUUCUUUAAAUCCAAAAUGAACAUUAUUGAGAAUAUUUUAUGAAUUAAUAUUCACUGAAAAAAAUUUUAGUUGUUAGAAUUAUUUUUAAGGUUAUUUUCGUAUUUUUUCUUACCCACGAUAGGCCUAAUAUUUCCGUUAUCUCUCUGUUUUGCUUUGUUUUGUAUAUGUAUGUGUGUUGUUGUAGUUGUUGUUU